UGCACCAAACUUCUGCUGCGAAAAAAAAUCGAACUUUUCUCGCAAAUUGAUGUCUCAUUAAAUAUGUAAAAAGUUAAUAAGUUUGCAGUAAAUUUAGUAUUGACGAGAUUUGUACACAACAGCAUUGCAAAAAUGCCUGAUCAAUCGAACAAAAUUUAUGCUCCUUUAUCACAAGCAAUGGAUUCCGAGACGGAAUCGAACAACGCCACAAUGAACGAUUGCUCAAUAGGUUCGUUGUCGACAUUGGAGGCGGACGAUCAGCACCAACUCAUGAUGAUUAGUGGAAAAUUGGGUAAACGUGGCAUGUCGCCAGGCAGAAAGCUUUGUUUCAUCUCGUCCAUUGUGAUUCUCCUGGGACUCGUGAUGAUUUUCUUGUUCGUUCUUCCGUGUCCGGAACAUGGCAAGUGCAGGGGAAAUGGCGACAGCAUGAGUUGGGUGAAAGAUUACGACAAACUCGAGAUGCGUGGACCUGUGAAUGUGAUAAAACGACGUAUGACGGACCGCAUUGAAACUAGCUUGAUUUUCAUGUAUAAGCGAGAUAAAUUUAUCGAUCCCCUGGUAAAAGUGAACCCGAAACCGAAUGGAAUUAUUUCGAUGUUGAGUAAAACUGGAAAGAUUUCGUGGUUUGCGGAAAUGAAAGUUGAACCACGUUACACAAAUUGCUCGAUAAUUGAUGUCGAUCUUGAUGGGGAAAUGGAUUGCUUAAUUGUAGAUGCCUUUGGGCAAUUGAGUACUUUAAAGAGCAUUUCGGGAACUUGGAUUUGGCAAACUUUGGAAGCAAAAAAUGGAAAAAUUCCAGAACCAUUUGAAGAGUUAUUCAACUUUCCGUUACUCUUGCCCGACUUGAAUGGCGAUAAAGUGAACGAACUUUUGCAUAUUUUCAGCUCAGACUCAAACAUUCAAAAUAGCUUUUCGCUCCUUUCCGGCAAAACGGGGAAGUUAAUCGGGAAUCCAAUCACUGUCGAUGAAUGUCGAUUCAUUUUCAAGCUUGAAUUAGCAGAAAUGUAUACAAUACGAUAUUCGUGCAUGAAUGCCACAGCUGUUUAUACCAAACAAAUCGGUUUGUCAGAGUUAUAUAGUGCUUUGACCAAAUCAAAAAUCGGUCUUGGUUACUUAAACUCCACAAAUUCCAUUCCCCAGUUCAGAUACGAUCACGAAUUACCGUUCAAAUCGAACUCAACUCUUCAGCAUCUCAGCUUGAUAAUCGAAAAUACCGGAAAAUGUCCGGAAAAUUGCAAUUCCAGCAUCCAAUUGUUCGAUAAUACCCGAACAGGAGACGAAAAUCUCUUGUAUAACUUUACCGGAAGCAAUAUGUAUACACAUUUUCCCGAGCCACUGACUUUUGUGAAAGCCAAACCUCAUACCUAUGGCUUCGUCUUCAAAUAUCUCCAAUGGAGCAACAAGGAAGAUAAUAACCACAUUGUCUCCCUUCUGCGUAAAAUCGAGAACACCAUUGCCAUUCGCUUUAACGUCACAGUCCGUUUACUGAAGGAAACUGUCGUACUUGUAGCUUUCACAAAUUCCCACGAUCUGAUAAUCGAAAAUACGAGUCAAAGUCACGUGAUGCAAUUCUGUCGAAACGACACAAAUACCUGUCAACCCAAAAUUAACAGUUUGGAUAAUUCACUUCUGAUAGCGGAUCUCGACGAUGACGGAUCCAAAGAGCUCUUGACUUUUUAUUCCACAUUUUCCGUGCAAAAUAAUAAUAAGGAACACGUGCUUAAGACGUACGUUCAAUUGCUCGAUUUGGAACAUGAGUUACCGAAAUUGUAUGAAGCUGACAAGAAACGUCGUCGACGAAAGUAAAAACUUUUCUAUAGAUAGAAAAAAAAAGUUUAAAAAAUUUCCUUCGAAAAAAAAAUUGAAACCACCUAAAAUUGCUUUCUUUCACGUGACCCAGAUUUCAAAAGUCUCUGGAGAAUAUAAAAAAAAAUUAAAUAUUAAUUUGUAAAUAAAUUUUCAGCAACCAA